UAGGUCUCCUGCUCGCGCCUCUGGCUUGAGUGCGCGCACCCGAUAACGUCUCACGUAACGUCAUCGGCAAAGCCUGAGGUGCACGUAAAAGGCCCGGAUGUAGGAGCAGCUCUUGCUGAGAAGGCGAGGAAACAAACAGACAAGGUCAGAGACGGAAUAUCCCUGAAGACAAGCAGCUUGCCUCAAAUCCCUCCCCUUCAGUGUGACAUUUCUGCAUCGGGGAAUGGCUGAAUCUGCUCUCAGCAUGGAUCUGGGCUCGUGUCUCACAUUGCUGGUCACGUGCAGCCUUUUCUACUUUCUCAUACAGUUCGUUAGGCUGAUUAUGGCGGACUCUGAUCUGACUCUGCAGUGGGCAGCGUAUUUUGGGCAUACCCCAGAAAGCAAACUUGGUGGCAAUGUGAUUUGGGUAACAGGUGCUUCCAGUGGCAUUGGAGAGGAACUAUCCUAUCAACUAGCCAAAUUAGGCUGCCCUCUAAUACUGUCGUCCAGGAGAGAGAAUGAAUUACUCAGAGUAAAACAAAAAUGUCUUGAAAUGAGCAAUUUAGAGGACAAAGACAUCCUGGUUCUUCCUCUUGAUAUGACCCAAAUGAGUAUGCAUAAAGAAGCCACAGACAAAGCCUUGCAGCAUUUUGGGCGAAUUGAUAUUUUAGUAAAUAAUGCAGGACGAUCCCAGCGAUCCUUGUAUGUGGAAACUAACCUAGAUGUAUUCCGAGCAUUGAUUGAACUUAAUUAUUUGGGGACAAUUUCUAUCACCAAGCAUGUUCUCCCGCACAUGAUACAGAGGAAAAGGGGGAGGAUCAUCAACAUAAGCAGUGUAGCAGGCCUCAUUGGAGCACCUCUAUCAACUGGAUACUGUGCCAGCAAGCAUGCUCUUCAGGGAUUUUUCAACAGUCUUAGAACUGAAUUGACAACUUACCCUGACAUUAUCAUCAGCAACAUAUGUCCUGGACCUGUGCAGUCGAAAAUAGUGGAAAAUGCCAUAACAGAAGAGUGUGAUAAGGUGUCGAGCAUAAAAACGGAUCAGUCUCAUAAAAUGGCAACCAGUCGCUGUGCUCAACUUAUAUUGAUAACGGCUGCAAAUAACCUGAAAGAGACCUGGAUUUCAGCCCAGCCAAUUUUAAUAAUAUAUUAUCUGUGGCAAUACAUUCCAACUUUGGCAUGGUGGAUUACUGCAAAGGUUGGUGAAAGAAGAAUAAAGAACUUCAAAAGCGGAGUGGACGCAGAUUCUUCUUACUUUACUAAAAAGUCAAGGUAAACGAAGAUGACUUGUACACCAACAAAUUCAAGAUUUCAUUGAGAAGACAAAAUGGACUUUACCCAUCAUAUACUUGAACUGGCAAACAGCACAGCUAAUUAUUUUAUUUGAUUACCCCCCACAGCUUAUGUCCUCUGUGGCCUGAUAGCUGCUCUACAGAUGCACUGACUGUACUCGUGACUUGUCCCCACAAGCUGCUUCCCUACAAAUAUUUGAGAUAUUCAGAGAUUGCUUUUGAGUAAGCCAGUUCCACUGAAGUUAAAUUGAUGUGUAUAUAUAUAUUUUAUAUAUAUAUAUAUGUUUGUAGAACAGAGAACUGGAAUAUCAAGUUUUCAAUGUCUGACUCUAUAAUACCCAGAAGGGUUCCUCAGGUAUAAAAUCAUGAAAAUGUUCUCCAGGUGUUUUUCCACUGAAAUUGGCCAAUAGGCUGGAUGGGCAAUUGGUUACAUGGAUGUGUCUUUUGUAAUGCUCCUCUGUAAAUUCAUGAAAAGAAGCCUGGGUUGGUGAGCGCUCACUCACUCUGCUACUGAUCAUUGCAAAAAACUUGCUCCUCAGUGCAGGAACCCGCAUUAGAUACUGGCUCUAUUCACUUUUGUGGAUGUGCCUUUAAGAAAAUGUAUUUUUGCAUCUUUCUAGCCUGUGCUGCUGAGCAAUUCAUUGUUUCUAUACAUCUUGCAGUGUUGAAGUGUUGGCCAGUAGAACUGCUCCAGUGGCACAAUUAUCUGCUCUGCUAAUUACUGAGAAGUCAGCAUUGUCCUGUUCUGUAUCGGCUGCUCCUUGAAGGCUUAGUAUAUACCAUGAUCUUUCAUUUUUUUCAAGUGGGGUUUACCCAGUAUUGUUACUCGGGAGAUGAGGUUGAAACAUUUGUUUGGGGAGGCUACCAACAGAAGGUUUUCCAUUGGAGAACUUACAAUACAUGCCUAUAUAGAAGAUGGUCUAUUCUAGGGGAUGCUAAACCUCACUAAAUCUUCAUUAAUCUCGGCCUAUAGCAGUAAUAUAGCCCUGUGUUAGUAAAUCGACUUCAAAAUACCUUUCUAGAGUCCAACAAAUGCCAGAAGUGCUUGGAACUAUAUUGGAGGGAUGUAACACUAUGCUUCCCUUAGCAAUCAGUCAGUGUUUGUUAAUGGUGAUGGAAACCAGUGUCUCAGAUGCUAUUCCAGUAUCUCAAUAAAUGCUUACUUGGGUGGAGAUCUGAUGGCUGGGACUGGUAUAAGACAUUCAUCAUCACCAACUCAUUUUGUAAACAUUCGUACCCCAUGGUGUAUUGUCACCCUGGAACAUUCCAUUAGGACUGCAAUGCUUUAGCAGUGGAGGUGGUAUCUAAAAUAUCUUGUAUUUCUUUAAAAUGUAACUUGAACAACACAGGUGUUUCCUUUAUUUUGGCCAAACACCUGUAUGACUGAUAUCAAACACUCUCUCACAUAAAAGCUACUAGUGCUAGCUACAGCGAUCAUUUAAUGUAAAAACAGAUUUAAAAUCGAUUUUUCUAAUUAUUUUCUCUAAUCUGUCAUAGUAAUAAAGCUAUCAUUGCCCUGUGUUCAACCAAACUCAGGGCAAGUCCAACAAGUCCUUCUCCUGUCACUUCUUUCUAUACUUUAAUCGCUAGAGGGGCAUUUGUCACAUUUUGGGUGACCUCCAUUGGAGUUUAAUUAUUACUAGCAACAUGGCAAGUUUGUAUUUAGCCUAAGGCAUUUACUGUAUUGCAGUUAACAUUAUAGGGCUGAUUUAUUAAUAAUCAAGUAUUCUGUUUCUCAAACCAUGUGCGAGUUCCUAAACUUGUGCCUGGUUUCUGCAUCCGAAUAACUUGGUUUGCUGCUGAUCAUUCCCCCCUCCACGACUAAAUAAAUCAUCCCCUAUAUGUAUUAGUUUUUUAUUUAUUAUAAAACUUGAAGAACAA